GGGUCUAGUGGCCUCACCCCAUCCCUACUAUAAAUACCUUCUCCACCCACUCGCACUUUAACCAGUCAAAACAAUUCAUCGUUCCACUCUAACAAUGGCUUUCGCCACUCGCUCUUGGACUCCUGUGGUGCUGCUGCUCCUCGUCUCCGCCGCCGCCGCGGCGUUUUCGCCAUCGUCGGCAGCGCUCGUGAAGCAGCAGCCGCUAGUUCUUAAGUACCACAACGGCGCUCUCCUGAAAGGCGACGUAGCCGUCAAUCUCGUCUGGUACGGCCGCUUCUCUCCAGCCCAGCGAUCCAUCGUCGUCGACUUCAUUCGCUCGCUUGGCUCCGGCAAUGGGCCCCGGCCUUCCGCCGCGUCGUGGUGGGGCACCACAGAGAAGUACAAGGGAGGAUCCUCCACCCUCGUCGUCGGGAAACAGGUCCUGGACGAGAGCUACUCCUUGGGAAAGAGCUUGAAAAACGCUCAUAUCGUGGCGUUGGCUUCUAAGGCCGGAGCGAGACCUAACGCCGUCAAUAUCGUAUUGACGGCGAAAGACGUCGCCGUGGAGGGGUUUUGUAUGAGCCGGUGCGGCACCCACGGGUCGACCCGGGGGAAGGCCCGGUUCGCUUAUGCAUGGGUCGGGAAUUCGGAGACCCAGUGCCCGGGCCAGUGCGCGUGGCCGUUCCACCAGCCGAUCUAUGGACCGCAGACGCCGCCGCUGGUGGCGCCGAACGGAGACGUCGGCGUGGACGGCAUGGUGAUCAACCUGGCAACCGUGCUGGCGGGUACGGUGACCAACCCGUUCAACAACGGGUACUUCCAGGGACCCGAGAGCGCGCCGCUGGAGGCCGUGACGGCGUGCCCAGGGGUGUUCGGGUCGGGCGCGUACCCGGGAUACGCGGGGCAGGUGCUGGUGGAUAAGACGACGGGGGCGAGCUACAAUGCGCGGGGGGUUAACGGGCGGAAGUUUUUGCUGCCGGCGAUGUGGGACCCGCAGACAUAUGCGUGCUCGACGCUGGUGUGAUGCUGCUGAUGAGAUGGACCAGGGAAAUGAUUGCGUGCGGACACGUGGUCUGAAUGUAGAUAUACUACUACGAAACGAGUGGGGAGUACGUGUUGUCGUUUUGCGUGACGUGUACAUUCCUGUUCCUUCCACAAACCCAGAAGAAAAAAUAUAUGUUAUUUCUGGUAUUUUGUAAUUUAGCUAAAUAAAAAAAAUAUGUUCGUUGUUA